AUGGACCCUAAUAGUGGUAAUAACGAAAAUAAUUACAAUGAUCGCUUCUAUGGCUUCAACGAUCGUCCCUACACCGCCGCCAAUGCUCGGGCAUACCCAACGACCCCCUCGACUUUUCCGCAGCCAAUGUACCAAAAUCAGGGUGGCCACGAGUAUGCUACCGCUCAGAAUGCACCGAAUACGUAUAACCAAGGGUAUUUCGGCAACAACCCAUACGCCCAGCAAGCCCCGCACCCGCAGCAGUUCAUGCACCCAAACGUUGCACCCCCGCAGCCUGGCUACCAACCCCGUGCCGGUGGGUAUCUGCCUAACGAUGGAACUAGCGGCUUAAUUCAGCAGUUCUCAAAUCAGGAUCUUGGUGGCUCUCCUCGCGGGGCCGCAGCUGCCCGUGUCCCUCCCCAAGGCCAACGCCCUCGUACAGCAGGGUCUCCCGCUCUUAACCAAGGCCCAGGACAUUUGGCCCCUCCCAUGUCCAGUCGUAGCCCAAAGCAGGCUACUGAAGAAGAAGAGUUGGUUAGAUGCCCCGAGAAAUAUUCUGAGAACGUGCACAAAAGAGGAAAAGCAGCAAAGGAGUUGGUUAACGUUUUCUUCCGCGAGAAUAUCGAACGUGCGCGUGAUCGUAACCUCCGUGCCGUGAACCUGGACAAGGUCCUACAAAACAACACUGUCUCGGACGCAAGGAAACGCCAUGAGGCAGAGACUGUUGCAAAAAAGGAAUCCAAUUUCUUGCGAUUUAUCCGAACCAGAGAAACUGUUUCAAAUUUCCAAACUCUCAAGAUUAUUGGCAAAGGUGCUUUUGGUGAAGUGAAGCUUGUCCAGCGGAAAUCAGAUGGGAAGAUCUAUGCCUUAAAAUCGCUGAUUAAAUCUGAAAUGUUCAAAAAAGACCAACUUGCCCAUGUCCGCGCUGAACGUGACAUUUUGGCUGAUUCGAAAGACAACCCCUGGCUUGUUAAACUUCAUGCUUCGUUCCAGGAUAAAGCCUAUCUCUAUCUACUAAUGGAGUUCUUGCCUGGUGGCGAUCUGAUGACAAUGUUGAUUAAGUAUGAAAUCUUCUCUGAAGAUAUCACUCGGUUUUACAUGGCAGAACUCGUGAUGGCGAUUGAGGCCGUUCAUAAGCUUGGCUUCCUCCACCGUGAUAUAAAGCCGGAUAACAUUCUACUUGAUCGUGGUGGUCAUAUCAAACUUACUGACUUUGGUUUGUCCACUGGCGGAAAGAAACAGCAUGAUAACUCAUACUACCAACAGCUAUUAAAAAACACUUCUGCUUCCAAAGACAAGAACCGAAACUCGGGAUUUUUCAACGACGCUAUCAAUCUGACAGUUUCUAACCGUGGUCAAAUCAACACCUGGCGAAAGUCUCGCCGUGCCAUGGCUUACUCGACGGUUGGCACACCUGACUAUAUUGCCCCCGAAAUCUUCAAUGGGCAGGGCUACACCUACUUAUGUGACUGGUGGUCUGUUGGAGCUAUUAUGUUUGAAUGCUUGAUCGGGUGGCCACCAUUCUGCACCGAACAGCAAAAUGACGUCUAUCGAAAAAUCCUCAAUUGGAAAGAAUGCCUUUAUUUCCCCGAGGAAAUGACCCUGUCUCGUGACUCGGAACAUCUUAUUAGAAGUUUCCUGUGUGAUCCUGAAGAUCGUAUUGGCCAAGAGGGCGGACAACAUGGGGGGGCGAACCAAAUUAAAAACCAUCCGUUCUUCCGUGGCGUUGUCUGGGACCAGCUUCGCAAAAUUCGUGCUCCGUUCGAGCCCAGACUUACGUCCAAUGUUGAUGUUUCUUACUUCCCCAUUGAUGAGAUUCCUCAGGAGGAUAAUAGUGCACAAUUACGCGCUCAAGCCCGUGCCAUGCCGGAAGAGCACGAAGCCGAGAUGAGUCUUCCGUUUAUCGGUUACACUUACAAAGCUUUCAAUGCUUUCCAGGCGAAUUAG